UUUCAGGAAGGCUCUAGGGCUGAUUUACGUGUCUCGAUAGCCCCCGAUACAGUCCGUACGCCAUGCCUAAACCGGUGAAACAGGAUGGAGAUGAUCCCGAUCCAACUCCGUACUUGUUCGUUUCGCUCGAACAGAAACGUAUCGAUCAGACCAAGCCCUACGAUGCCAAGAAAACGUGCUGGGUACCGGACGAGAAGGAAGGUUUCGUACUUGGAGAAAUCAAGGGGACCAAGGGCGACCUCGUCAGCGUCGGCGUUCCCGGAGGAGAGGAAAGAACAGUAAAAAAAGAGAACGUUCACCAAGUCAACCCUCCGAAAUACGAAAAAGUCGAAGAUAUGGCCGAUUUAACGUACCUAAACGACGCCGCUGUAUUGCAUAAUUUAAAGCAACGUUACUACGCCAAACUCAUCUACGAGAAGCAAUUCAAAAAGGAUCAAGUCACUCAGGUCAACCCUCCCAAGUACGAAAAAGCCGAGGAUAUGUCGAAUUUGACUUACCUCAACGACGCUUCCGUACUCCAUAACUUAAAACAACGUUAUUACAAUAAGCUUAUCUACACAUACUCAGGUCUCUUCUGUGUCGCCAUUAACCCUUACAAACGUUUCCCCGUAUACACCAACCGCUGCGCCAAAUUGUACAGAGGCAAAAGACGUAACGAAGUACCGCCGCACAUUUUCGCCAUUUCUGAUGGAGCCUACGUCAACAUGUUAACCAACCACGAGAAUCAAUCUAUGUUGAUUACCGGUGAGUCUGGUGCUGGUAAAACUGAGAACACGAAGAAGGUAAUCGCCUACUUCGCCACCGUCGGUGCCUCGACGAAGAAGGACGCCGAUCCGGCCCAGAAGAAGAGCAACUUGGAGGACCAGGUCGUUCAGACCAAUCCGGUACUGGAAGCGUUCGGUAACGCCAAGACCGUGAGAAACGACAACUCUUCUCGUUUCGGUAAAUUCAUCCGUAUCCACUUCGGUCCCACCGGUAAAUUGGCUGGUGCUGAUAUCGAAACUUAUCUGCUGGAGAAAGCUCGUGUCAUCUCCCAACAGCCGUUGGAAAGAUCUUACCACAUUUUCUACCAGAUCAUGUCUGGUUCCGUUGCCGGAGUCAAAGAAAAGACUUUAUUGUCGAAUGACAUCUACCAAUAUCACUACGUAUCCCAAGGGAAAAUAACGGUGCCCAAUAUGGACGAUGGCGAAGAAUUCGCAUUGACAGACGUAAAUAAAUGUUUGUUGUCUAAUAACAUCCAAGAGUACAACUUCGUUGCACAGGGAAAAACCACCAUUCCUAACGUGGACGAUGCUGAAGAAUUGAGAAUCACCGACGAAGCCUUCGACAUCCUUGGUUUCACCCAAGAAGAGAAAGACAACGUCUACAAAAUCACCGCCGCCGUAAUGCACAUGGGUUGCAUGAAGUUCAAGCAAAGAGGUCGCGAAGAACAAGCCGAACCCGAUGGUACAGAGGUAAAUAAAUCAAACUCAACCUACCCCUCAGAGCUAACUGUUAAUGUAAUUCCGCAGGAGGGUGAGCGCGUGAGCAAGCUCUUGGGAGUGGAGGCUCCGGCGCUCUACCAGGCUCUGGUGAAGCCCAGGAUCAAGGUCGGUAACGAAUUCGUGACGCAAGGUCGUAACGUCAACCAAGUAUCGUACUCGGUGGGCGCCAUGUCGAAGGCCAUGUUCGACAGGUUGUUCAAGUUCUUGGUGAAGAAAUGUAACGAGACGCUGGACACCAAGCAGAAGAGACAGCACUUCAUCGGUGUGUUGGAUAUCGCCGGUUUCGAAAUCUUCGACUAUAACGGCUUCGAGCAGCUUUGCAUUAACUUUACUAACGAAAAAUUGCAACAAUUCUUCAACCAUCACAUGUUCGUGCUGGAACAAGAGGAGUACACCAGAGAGGGUAUUCACUGGGAGUUCAUCGAUUUCGGGAUGGACUUGGCCGCUUGCAUCGAGCUCAUUGAAAAGUACAACGGUUUUGAACAACUGUGUAUUAACUUUACGAAUGAAAAAUUGCAACAAUUCUUUAACCACCACAUGUUCGUACUCGAACAAGAAGAGUACAAAACCGAAGGUAUCGAAUGGACCUUCAUCGAUUUCGGUAUGGACUUGGCCGCUUGUAUCGAAUUGAUCGAAAAGUUCAACGGCUUUGAGCAGCUUUGUAUCAACUUUACCAACGAAAAAUUGCAACAGUUCUUUAACCAUCACAUGUUCGUACUCGAACAAGAGGAAUACCAAAGGGAGGGUAUUGAAUGGGCUUUUAUCGAUUUCGGUAUGGACUUAGCGGCCUGUAUCGAACUUAUCGAGAAGUACAACGGCUUUGAGCAACUGUGCAUAAACUAUUCCAACGAAAAAAUGCAACAAUUUUACAAUCACCACAUGUUCAUAUUGGAACAGGAGGAAUACGAACGGGAAGGUAUUACGUGGAAAUUCAUCGAUUUCGGUAUGGAUUUGCAACCGUGUAUUGAUUUAAUAGAAAAGCCUAUGGGUAUCUUGUCCAUCCUUGAAGAAGAAUCUAUGUUCCCGAAAGCCACCGACAAGACUUUCGAGGAGAAAUUGAACACCAACCACUUGGGCAAAUCGCCCAACUUCCAAAAGCCCAAGCCGCCCAAGCCCGGCCAGGUCGCCGCCCACUUCACCUUGGGCCACUACGCCGGUAACGUACCCUACAACAUCACCGGUUGGUUGGAGAAGAACAAGGACCCCUUGAACGACACCGUGGUGGAUUUGUUCAAGAAAGGUUCCAACGCUUUGGUCAUCGAAAUCUUCGCCGAUCACCCCGGACAAUCCGGCGGGGCCGCCGAAAAAGGUGCAAAGAGAACCAAGGGUUCUGCUUUCCAAACCGUAUCCAGUUUAUACAGGGAACAACUCAACAACUUGAUGACCACCUUGAGAUCCACCCAGCCUCACUUCGUCCGUUGUAUCAUCCCCAACGAGCUCAAGCAGCCCGGAGUCAUCGACUCCCACUUGGUCAUGCACCAGCUCACCUGUAACGGUGUACUUGAAGGUAUCCGUAUUUGCCGCAAAGGUUUCCCCAACAGGAUGGUCUACCCAGACUUCAAGCUCCGCUACAUGAUCCUGGCGCCGGCGACGAUGACCAGGGAGAAGGAUCCGAAGGAAGCGGCCAGGAAGUGUUUAGAGGAAGUGGGUUUAGAUCCCGAUAGUUACCGUGUGGGACACACAAAGGCAAGCGGCGUUUUUUACCCGAUUUACCAGCGUAAUCGUUGUCCCUUUUACAAGAUCCUUAACCCGGCUGGUGUUGCCAAAGAGAGCGAUCCCAAGAAAUGCGCCGCCGUUAUUUUGGACGCCUCCGGUUUAGACGCCGAAUUAUACAAAAUUCUGGCCGCAAGCGCCGUUAAACCCGGCCAGACGCCCGAAAAGACGGCGCAAAUCAUUUUGGAGCAUAUCCAACUUGAUCCGGAGCAAUACAGAUUGGGUAAAACCAAGGUGUUCUUCCGCGCCGGAGUGUUGGGUCAGAUGGAGGAGCUGCGCGACGAGCGUCUCGGCAAGAUCGUCACCUGGAUGCAGUCCUGGAUCAGGGGUUACCUCUCCAGGAAGGAGUUCAAGAAGCUGCAGGAGCAACGAUUGGCGCUGCAAGUGUGCCAGCGCAACUUGCGCAAAUACCUCAAGCUGCGCACGUGGCCGUGGUACAAGCUCUGGCAGAAGGUCAGGCCCUUGCUCAACGUCACCCGCAUCGAGGACGAGAUCGCCAAAUUGGAAGAGAAGGCCCAAAAGGCCCAGGAGGCGUUCGAGCGCGAAGAGAAGGCCAAGAAGGAGCUGGAAGCCCUCUACGCCAAGCUGCUGGCGGAGAAGACCGAUCUGUUGAGCAACUUGGAGGGCGAGAAGGGAUCGCUGGCCGAGACCCAGGAGAGGGCCAACAAAUUGCAGGCUCAAAAGAACGAUUUGGAAGCUCAACUUUCCGAAACCCAAGACCGAUUGAGCCAAGAGGAGGACGCCCGCAACCAACUGAUGCAACAAAAGAAGAAGCUCGAACAAGAAGUGUCCGGCUACAAGAAGGACAUCGAAGACUUGGAGCUCAACUUGCAGAAAUCCGAGCAAGACAAGGCGACCAAAGACCACCAAAUCAGGAACUUGAACGACGAGAUCGCCCACCAGGACGAGCUCAUCAACAAGCUCAACAAGGAGAAGAAACUCUCCGGCGAGAACAACCAGAAGGUGUCGGAGGAACUCCAAGCGGCCGAAGACAAAGUCAACCACCUCAACAAGGUGAAGGCCAAGCUCGAACAGACCCUCGACGAGCUCGAGGACUCGCUCGAGCGCGAGAAGAAACUCCGCGGCGACGUCGAGAAGUCCAAGCGCAAGGUGGAAGGCGACCUCAAGCUCACCCAGGAAGCCGUCGCCGACUUGGAGCGCAACAAGAAGGAGCUCGAACAGACCAUCCAGCGCAAGGACAAGGAGAUCUCCUCGCUGACCGCCAAGCUCGAGGACGAACAGUCCGUCGUGGGUAAGCAACAGAAGCAGGUCAAGGAGCUGCAGGCCCGCAUCGAGGAGCUCGAAGAGGAGGUGGAAGCCGAGCGACAGGCGCGCGCCAAGGCCGAGAAGCAGCGCGCCGAUUUGGCGCGCGAGCUCGAAGAGCUCGGCGAGCGCUUGGAGGAGGCCGGCGGCGCCACGUCGGCUCAGAUCGAGCUCAACAAGAAGCGCGAAGCCGAACUGGCCAAGCUCAGACGCGACCUCGAAGAAUCGAACAUCCAGCACGAAGGCACCCUCGCCAAUUUGCGCAAGAAGCACAACGAUGCCGUGUCCGAAAUGGGCGAGCAAAUCGACCAGCUCAACAAGCUCAAAGCCAAGGCUGAAAAAGAGAAGGCUCAAUACUUCGGUGAACUCAAUGACCUUCGCGCCUCUGUCGACCAUUUGGCCAACGAAAAGGCCGCAAUCGAAAAGGUAUCGAAACAACUGGGACAACAGCUCAACGACGUGCAAGGCAAACUCGACGAGACCAACCGCACUCUCAACGACUUCGACGCCGCCAAGAAGAAGCUGUCGAUCGAAAACUCCGACCUCCUCAGGCAAUUGGAGGAAGCCGAAUCGCAGGUGUCGCAAUUGAGCAAGAUCAAGGUGUCGCUGACCACCCAGCUCGAAGACACCAAGCGAUUGGCCGACGAAGAGAGCAGGGAACGCGCCACGUUGCUCGGCAAGUUCCGCAACCUCGAGCACGACUUGGACAACAUCCGCGAACAGGUCGAAGAAGAGGCCGAAGCCAAGGCCGACAUCCAACGUCAACUCAGCAAGGCCAACGCCGAGGCGCAAUUGUGGAGACAGAAGUACGAAUCCGAGGGUGUGGCCCGCUCCGAGGAGCUCGAAGAAGCCAAGAGGAAGCUCCAAGCCCGUCUCGCCGAAGCCGAAGAGACCAUCGAAUCGCUCAACCAGAAGGUUGUCGCUUUGGAGAAGACCAAGCAACGUUUGGCCACCGAAGUCGAGGAUCUGCAACUCGAAGUCGACCGCGCCAACGCCAUCGCCAACGCCGCCGAGAAGAAACAGAAGGCCUUCGACAAGAUCAUCGGCGAAUGGAAGCUCAAGGUCGACGAUUUGGCCGCCGAGCUCGACGCCAGCCAGAAGGAAUGCAGGAACUACUCCACCGAAUUGUUCAGACUCAAAGGAGCCUACGAAGAGGGCCAGGAACAGCUCGAGGCCGUCCGUCGCGAGAACAAGAACCUCGCCGACGAAGUCAAGGAUCUCCUCGACCAAAUCGGCGAAGGCGGUCGCAACAUUCACGAAAUCGAAAAGGCCAGGAAGCGCUUGGAAGCCGAGAAGGACGAACUCCAAGCCGCCCUCGAAGAGGCCGAGGCCGCCCUCGAACAGGAAGAGAACAAGGUUCUCCGCAGCCAAUUGGAACUCUCCCAAGUCCGUCAAGAAAUCGACAGACGCAUCCAAGAGAAGGAAGAGGAAUUCGAAAACACCCGCAAGAACCACCAGCGCGCCCUCGACUCCAUGCAAGCCUCCCUCGAAGCCGAAGCCAAAGGCAAGGCUGAGGCGCUGCGCAUGAAGAAGAAGUUGGAAGCCGACAUCAACGAAUUGGAAAUCGCUUUGGACCACGCUAACAAAGCUAACGCCGAAGCCCAAAAGACCAUCAAACGCUACCAACAACAACUCAAGGACACCCAGACCGCCCUCGAGGAAGAACAGAGAGCGCGCGACGAGGCCCGCGAACAGCUCGGCAUCUCCGAGCGUCGCGCCAACGCCUUGCAGAACGAGCUCGAAGAGUCGCGCACCCUUCUCGAACAGGCCGACCGCGCCCGUCGCCAAGCCGAACAGGAACUGGGCGACGCCCACGAGCAACUCAACGACCUCGGCGCCCAAAACGCCUCGCUCUCCGCCGCCAAGAGGAAACUCGAAACCGAACUGCAAACGUUGCACUCCGACCUCGACGAGCUCCUCAACGAGGCCAAGAACUCCGAGGAGAAGGCCAAGAAGGCCAUGGUGGACGCCGCCCGUCUGGCCGACGAGCUGCGCGCCGAACAAGACCACGCCCAAAACCAAGAGAAACUCCGCAAGGCGCUCGAGGCCCAGAUCAAGGACCUCCAAGUGCGCUUGGACGAGGCCGAGGCGAACGCCCUCAAAGGCGGCAAGAAGGCCAUCGCCAAGCUGGAGCAGCGCGUCAGAGAAUUGGAGAACGAAUUGGACGGCGAACAAAGGCGGCACGCGGACGCCCAGAAGAACCUGAGGAAGUCGGAGCGUCGCAUCAAGGAGCUCAGCUUCCAGGCGGAAGAGGACCGCAAGAACCACGAGAGAAUGCAGGACCUCGUCGACAAACUGCAACAGAAGAUCAAGACGUACAAGAGGCAGAUCGAAGAGGCGGAGGAGAUCGCCGCAUUGAAUUUGGCCAAAUUCCGCAAGGCGCAACAGGAACUCGAAGAGGCCGAGGAGAGAGCCGACCUCGCCGAGCAAGCCAUCGCCAAAUUCCGCGCCAAAGGACGCUCAGGAUCGGCGGCUAGAGGAAUGAGCCCGGCGCCCCAAAAACAGCGCCCCACUUUCGGAAUGGGAGACGCACUCGGCGGCCCAUUCCCCCCGAGAUUCGACCUAGCACCUGAUUUCGAGUGAUGGGUAACAGCGCUGUGUUUAUAAAAUCCUCUAACGAACUGUUGUUUUACGUCGCAAUACACAAAAAAAAACCAACUAAAAAUGCGAAUAUUAAACUUUUAUUAAUUUUUUAUUUUCGUUUUUUGAAUAUUAGAGUUGUAUGAUUCCGUUAUAUAUUAUAUAUUGUAUAUGUAUGAGAAGUUGGGGAACGAAGGGAAUUUCAGAGACACGUACUUACCAUCAAAGCAGCCCUUUGAUCUCUUCUUUCUCGAAAUGCCAAUUAUUUUGUUAUGAAACAGUAGGUUGUAAAAUGAUUAUGUAUGUAUGAAAAUGUUGUAUGAUAUAAGGCACCAAUAAAUAAUAUAAAAGUUAUAUUUUGUUUUUUUAUGUACAACUAUUUAUAACCUCCUUAUUUUCACAUAAAAGUACCUACUGAUUAGACAUUACCAUCUCCGUGUUAUCUACCUGAUCAUUUUCUGUAAUUGCACUGCUAGAAUAAGACUCCUCAUCGACAUUCUCUUCAAUAUCCUCUAAAACUUCUUCCACAUACCGCUCCCCUUCGUCUUCAUUACCAUUCUCGUCUAAAUACUCCAAUUUCUUCACAUCAUCACCACCACCAUAACCGUUCGCAUCAUUCUUACUAUCAUCAUACGAAACAUAAUUAAACUCCAUCGAACCCCAUUCCUUCUUCAAAAUGCCAAGCAACCGAUUGGCCUCCACCGAAACCUCCUGCAAGUUUUCCACUUCCACCGCCUUCGUCUCCAAGUAACUGGACACUUCCAUCUGCUGCGCUUGGUCCGAACGCGCCUCCAUUACGUUCAACUCGUAAACACUUCGCGAUAGCGGUUGGGUCAAUAUCAACGGCAACCCUUCGGCGUUUUCCUUCGACUUGCUCUCGAAGAUGCUCUUCAAUUUCAACACCGACACCGAGUACCUUUCUUCGUUGUUA